UGUGAAGAAUGAAUUUUAUUACUUUCCUUGCCUUAAUAAAAGAUGAAGGGCAAAAUUUGUCCUGGAAAGUAUUUAUUAAAGUUGCAAGCAAUUUUGAAGAUUGAAGUGGCAUUCUCAAAGCAAUUUAAAAACCAUGUCAAGCUCAGUUGGACAGAAAAAAGGGUCUACGAGACAACGCAAAUGUGGUUUCUGUAAGUCUAAUAGAGACAAGGAAUGUGGACAAUUAUUGAUAUCUGAAAACCAGAAGGUGGCAGCACAUCACAGAUGUAUGCUGUUUUCAUCUGCACUGGUAUCUUCACAUUCUGAUAAUGAAAGUCUUGGUGGAUUUUCAAUUGAAGAUGUUCAAAAGGAAAUAAAAAGAGGCACUAAACUGAUGUGUUCAUUAUGCCACUGUCCAGGAGCGACAAUUGGUUGUGAUGUGAAAACAUGUCGCAGGACUUAUCACUACCAUUGUGCAUUGCAUGACAAAGCUCAGAUAAGAGAGAAACCUUCACAAGGAAUUUACAUGGUUUAUUGCCGAAAACACAAGAAAACUGCACAUAACUCUGAAGCUGAUUUAGAAGAAGGUUUCAAUGAACAUGAACUGGAGCCUUCACCUCCCAAGGGAAAAAAGAAGAGCCGCAAAGGAAGGCCAAGAAAAACAAAUUCAAAAGGGCAGUCGGAAGACACUAGAUCGACAUCCUCACAUGGGACAGAUGAAAUAGAAAGCAGUUCUUAUAGAGAUAGAUCACCACACAGAAGCAGUCCCAGUGAUCCAAGGCCUAAGUGUGGCUUCUGUCAUGUAGGUGAAGAAGAAAAUGAAGCCAGGGGAAAGCUUCAUAUAUUUAAUGCGAAGAAGGCAGCAGCACAUUACAAGUGCAUGCUGUUCUCUUCUGGCACAGUUCAACUCACAACAACAUCAAGGGCAGAAUUUGGAGACUUUGAUAUUAAAACAGUUCUUCAGGAGAUUAAACGGGGGAAAAGAAUGAAGUGUACACUCUGCAGCCAGCCUGGUGCUACUAUUGGAUGUGAAAUAAAAGCCUGUGUUAAGACUUACCAUUACCACUGUGGAGUGCAAGACAAAGCUAAAUACAUUGAAAAUAUGUCACGAGGAAUUUACAAACUGUAUUGUAAAAACCAUAGUGGAAAUGAUGAGCGAGAUGAAGAAGAUGAAGAAAGAGAAAGCAAAAGCCGGGGAAAAACAGGAACUGAACACAGUGGCUUCUCUCAGCAACAGCUCAAUGGAAACUAGGUUCAAGGGACAAAGUUAGAAAACUGGGAAUGAAUAAGACAUCAAUAACUACUAUUCUUUUUCACUGUUUUCUACAAUCAGAGAGGGUUGGUAUCAUUUUACUGCCCAAGUCUAUUAUAAACUUCAUUGAACUGCCUGAAAUGUUCAUGUGUGUGAGCCUUCAAUAAGUGGCAGAGUUUUACAUGUCAAUAUUAUGUAGUUUGUAGUCUGCAGUGUCUGGAACAAAAAUUGAAACACUAUUAAUGAUAUGUACAGUGUCAGAAGCUAAGGCAGACAUUGAAAUGAAGUAAACUAUAUUUCUGGAUUCAAUAAAAUUCUAAGAUUUGGAAUGUUUAAGUUGUUUAAGUGGAUUUAUGCUCAAGGGAAAGCAUAAGCGAAUUUUGCUUCACAAUGCAGACACGUUCAUGGUGGCAACACAUUUAUUUAGUAGAUUGUGAAUUUUGUGGUUUCUUCACACGUACAAAAAAAAUGGAGGCCAGAAUUCAAGAGAGCCACCUUUUCGUUUUCAAAGCACCUGCAGAAAAGAACUUCAAAGUUGGCUAAAGCCCUUCAGUUCCUGUUGAAGUUGUUUCCACUGACCAACAUGGACUGUAGUAGCUGUUGGUCAUAAGCUGUGAGCUUCAGUUCUUAUGCCAAAGGGCUGUGUGCAGUUUCUCUCUCUAACCAUGUUCUCCUUCCUUCUGAUGGUACACCUUUUCUGUCUUCAUAACUUACCAAGAACUUCUGGCAAGGCACGGUUGAACCUUAAAACUAUCAUUUGGAAGUAGCAAACUAACCUCUUUAAGAUUCUGAAGGGUUACUACUCACUAAGGAAUUUAGCCACCGUCUCUGAAACCCAUACCUCUCAAGUGCCCUCUUGUGUGGAACACUUCACAUGUUGGUCCAAAGUAUGUAAGCAGGUCUCGUGCUGUAGGAGUAAUAAACAGUCUUUUCAUAAAGCAGUAUUUAUUUUUGAAUCUUAAGACCACUAUUUUAGAAACCGUUUCACGUUCUUAAUGUUUUCAGUGUUUUCUUUAGUUUUCUAUUAAAGACAGUAGGCAUACCCUACUGUUCUUCAUGUAGAGGUCCAUGUUUUAAAUCUGAUGAUCCAUUAAUAAAGAACACGGAUCAUUAGGUUAAAGUUAGUGCAAGCCGAAGUGCUCAAUUCUUAAUCUCUUUUUACACUGGCCUUUCUAGCUAGUGAUAGUUUCUUCCAUUUUAUCUAUUGAAGCACAUUAGUAGAUUUCUUCUCAAUGAAACCAAAAAAGUGAAUAGUGGUCUGCCUAAAACUACCAUAGCACCUCGACCUAAAGUUAGAAUAGUGACUUUUGUUUUGAAUACCUACUUAAACCUAUUAGAUUGGAAGUAAAUCAGCAACCAACGAACGGGUUGACAACUUGACUGUAUGCCGAGAAGAUUAAUCUACAGUUAAUACAAAAACAGUCCAUUUGUGACAGAUGAACAAUUACACUGUGCUUAAAAUUAUCUUGCUUUUUUACUGGUAGUAUUUUAAAGUCACAUUUGUCAGUCGUAUUUUCACACAGAAUGGGACUCAAUUAUAGCUAGAAAUGAACAUGUUACCAUAUUAUUUUUUUAAUUUCUUGAGGGAGAAUGUAGCUUUAGUAUAAGGUUGUCCUGUAUGUAAAAAUGUUCUCUCUUUCCUCUAAACAUGCCAUGGAAUUUUUUUUUUACUGUAAAUACAAUAUUCAAAAUUAAAUAUGACUUGAAUUGCAGUGACAGAUCUGUAGAUAAGUUUACCAGGGUAUGUGACUUUUCCCUGUUAGGAGCAGUGCUUUAGUUAAAUUAGCUUCAAAAUGCUUAUUUUUAAUUUCCUCUCACUAUAUGAAUCACUUUUACCUUUUUUGUCACAGACUUAGCAAGCCCCAUAAAACAAAGCACCCUGGUUUUUUUUUUUGUUUUUUUUUUUUGGACAACUACUGUACUAUUUUUGAUUCAAGAAAAUUAAAAGGUGCUUGGGGUAUUCUGGCCAGUGUAAUCAUUGAUUGAUUAAGUGAAAAAUUUUUAAAUACUCUGUCGGUUCCUGGAUUGGAUUUAGUAAAAUUAUGAUUUUUUUUGUCUAUCCUUCCCUCUCCAUGCCACUAGCAACCAGAACAGCACUUUAUCUUUGGUUUGCAAAACAAGUGGCAGGCUACCUAUUCUCCCACUGAGGUGUGAUGACUUUCUUCAUUCUUUAAUGCAGAAAGAAGAUAUUAAACUAAAGUCAAAUGGAAAAUUACUUUUUGUUACAAGCUUAAAAUAUUAUAAUUUACUCUGUUCAUAUGUUGUCAUAUAUGCUGAGUAAAAGUGCCUUACAAUGUAAAAAUUGUAUUUAUGUUCCCAAGUAGCUUCAUCUGCUGGGUAGUUAUGUUGUGGUGUUAAUAUUUAGAAAAAUGUACCUCAGCAGUGUAUUUACUGUACAUCUCUUAUGUCCUUAACUGUAGUUUUAAUAAGCAUGGAAAUGAUUUGAUAGGUAUACAUUUGCAUCAAUUUUUUUUUAAAAAAACAAACAAUACUGCCAUUAUGUCUUUUUAUGUGUAUUUUAGCUUGGAAUUUUGAAGUCUGUCCCUCCCUCCCCCCACUUUUUUUUUUUUUGUAAAGCAGUGUAAUCUUUGCAAGCGUAUAUUGAAGAUUCUUUCUGGAGCAUUUAUUGCCUUUCCAGAAAUGUUAGAAAUAAGGAAAGUUCUUUACAGUAGAAAGAUAGGCUUGAGUUAUUGUACUUUAAUAAGAUCUGUUUGUUCCUGAAAAAAAUGGGCACGUUUUACUUUCAUCUCACAAUUUUAAAAGUGAAAGGUAUUUCAAAAGAUCUGCACCAAUUUGAGGACUUCAGGCUUGAGAAUGCAUCCCAUGUCAAAGCAUUAGACAGGCAAGUAAUUAGUAAAUCUACCACUGAAUCAGUUUUUAGGUAUCCAUGAAGCAACAGUGUAAUAUCAGUUAAUCUCAAAAAUAAAAAUGAAAGUGUCCUGGUUUAAUAUUACUUUCUGAAAAUGUUUAUGUUGGAUCAAGAUAUGCAGCUUUUGCUCUAACAUUUACACUAAAUGUAAAGACAAGGAAUGCAUACUGGGUAAAACAUUCCUCUCAUGUUAUGUAUAUUUUGUUCCUGUUAUAUUGGCUUUAUUUCCAAAAUUGUAGUUUACAGUAUUAGUUUCUUUUUAUUGGUAUUCUCGCAUAUAUUAUUAAAAUAAAUGAGUUAUGAAUUUCA